UUUCUAUUUUUUUUUUUUUUUCUCUGGUGUGGAUUCUGUCUAUCUUUCCCCUCGUACUUUUGUUUUCGAUCGCAUCCUCAAUUCUUUGCAUAGCCUUUUUCUGUCACGUCUUUCUCUUCACCCAGCCUACUCGCCUUCGUUUCCCUCGGCUGUUUUCUCCCCUUUUCCCACCCAUCUUUUACCGUAUUCUUUUUAUUUCCCGGAUUCCGUCGGUUUAUGUCCCUUUCACUUUCCCCUUUUUCCCGUUUAGAUCAUGAUUCAAGAUUUGGUACCGGCGCAGUUUGAUAGAUUGGAUGCAUCCCCCAAAAAAACACAGCAUGUCGGCAGGGUCAUUUUUUUGUUGUUUCGUUCGUUUGUUCUGGGAUUGCUCGGGGGUAUCGUGGGUACGCAUCACUUUAUGCAUCAGGGAGGCUUUUUGUCAUUACCAUUAUAUCCAACUCUUAUGAGGGCACAAUUCAUUUGCGACGGGGCUCGGGGCUCACCCUAGUCCCUGUUAUUAUUGUGAUUCACUGACAUCAUUCUCUUGUGCUCUAUUUGCUUUGGAUGCCCAAUUGCAUCAAUGCCGUUGGUACGUAACAAAUGAUGUAGUCACAGAAUCAAAGCCACCGUUGCUUGCCAGAUGUCAUGAGUGCCCCUCCGCCCCUCUUUGCGAGGACAGAG